AAUUAGUAUAGCUGACCCCUUAACCUGUGGAGAAGCGUUAAACACCCGGUUAAAACUUCACUAAUUCGAGCACCUGUCAUCGACGCUAACUUGAAAUUGCCACGUUUAGAGCCGUCGAUUGGUUUGCCUCGUUUCCCAAGUGGAAAGCAUUCGACAGCAUGGCGAGACACGCACGCGCCGGUUCUUUUAUGCAUGCAAGCACAACAGUUGUUCGGUUAAUGGCGAUUCUGAGUUAAGCUAGGGGAGGGGGCUCGCGGGCUAAAAGGACCGGGUCCCGCAGAGUGAGGUCACUUGGCGACUGCGCCUGCAGUGAGAGCGUGCCUUCACCGGAGCGUUUUCUGGUUGAGGUGGAGAGCUCGGGGCGCACGGUGAACACGAGCGCGCUCAUGGCGUGAGGAAGGAACGGGGGACGUAAAAUCAACAACUACUUUGCGUCACGAUUUGCUCGAGGGGAUACGACUUCGUUGCUUUUUUUUCUUUCUUAUUUCGCUGAAGAGAAAAAAAGAUGACCUUUGUUCUUCAGUCGCGUGACGCAAACGUGUUAAGUUAGUUGGAGAAACUUUUGGCGCGAGGUCUUCGCGCUGCGUCGACGGACUACAUUCACCGUGUUCCACAUCCACGGUGAGUCAUAAAUAGCCUCUCCGAUCAGUAUUCUGUGCCAUUGAUUACCACGCGGCUUCGUCAAGAUGUUUUCCUACGAGAUGUUCGUCUGUAUCUUCGCCGUCGCCUGCUUGAUGGGGAUACCGAGAGCCACGGCGGCGUCGUGCGAGCCCGUGCGCAUUCCCCUGUGCAAACACAUGCCAUGGAACAUGACCAAAAUGCCGAACCAUCUUCACCACAGCACGCAAGCCAACGCCGUUCUUGCGAUCGAACAGUUCGAGGAACUGCUGACUAUCCAGUGCAGCCGUGACCUGCGUUUCUUUCUGUGCGCGAUGUACGCGCCAAUAUGCACCAUCGACUUUCAGCACGACCCGAUUAAGCCGUGCAAGUCGGUGUGUGAGCGGGCCAAGAUGGGCUGCGAGCCGGUCAUGAAGAAGUAUAACCAUGCGUGGCCGGAGAGCCUCGCCUGCGAAGAGCUGCCAGUCUAUGACCGCGGAGUUUGCAUCUCUCCUGAGGCGAUCGUAAACGCAGAGGGAUCAGACAUUCCCCAUUCUCAAGACCCUUCAAAAUGCAACCCUGAGUCCAACCCAGACUUCCCAAUGGAUUCCCACAACAGCAACUGUAAAGGAGUCAGUGAUCCAUGCAAGUGCAAAAACGUAAGGCUUGCUCAAAAGACCUAUAUAAAAAACAAUUACAAUUAUGUCAUCCAUGCCAAGGUGAAGGAGGUGAAAGGUCGCAGUCAUGACCUCAGCGCAGUGGUGGAGGUGAAGGAUGUGCUCAAGUCAUCUCUGGUCAACAUUCCUCGCGACACAGUCACCCUGUACUACAGCUCGGGCUGUCUGUGCCCGCCCCUCACUGCCAAUGAGGAGUACCUCAUCAUGGGUUAUGAGAACGAGGAACAAUCUCGAUUGCUUCUCAUCGAUGGGUCAAUUGCACAGAAGUGGAAGGAGCGUUUGGGCCAUAAAGUAAAGCGUUGGGAUCGGGCCAACAGAGCUGCAGUGAGGAACUCCAGCAGAUCCAGACACCACUAGUGCCUCCAUCACCUCCACCCACGCGCAGACGAAACCCGAACACAAGGAAGUAUCCCAGAAAACUGAACAAAAUUGCACUAUUGUACAUUCUUCUGUGUUCACUUUGAAGAGUUGUAGCAGAGGGUUUUUAAUGCUUUUUUUUUGUUUGUUUUUUUGUACAAUUUUUUUUUUUAUUCUUUGCCUUUGCACGAACAAAAUGUUCAGUCAACAUUGCUGUGUGCAUGUGUAUGUACUUGACUGGCUGCGUGAGGUGUUCAGAAGGGCAGAGGUCAGGGAGUGGAAGUGGACCUGGACCUGGCAUUCUGGAGCUGAUGGUUGCCUAGCAGCAGGAAUGGAAGGUGUGGCCACCUCGGAGGGAGCCGUGUCUGCGCGCGAUGCUGGGUGCCAGCAGGCUACAUGCGUGCAGAGCAGAGGAGUGUGCACCUCUCCCUUUUCGCUGGAUUAGAGGAAAACGCAAUGAACUGAGGGGAUGAGAGGACAAUGCAGGACUGGGAGUGAAGUGAAACAAUAUUGAGCUUGAUUUGAAUUGUUCGUUUUAAAAGGAAUAUGUUCGCAUGACUUUUUUCUCUGUAGUUAUGUUAACUCUUAGACACGUUUUGACUUUGUAAGAAUGUAUUUUGAAUGGCAUGCAAACCUUUUGGCUAACAAGCAGCUGGAUUUUGCUGGACUAAUGUGCGCUGACUCUAUACUUCUCAAACCCACUUCAAACCAUUAUUCAUUUUACCCGUUUUCACAUUUAUGUCCACUAUUAAACAUAGCUGCCUGCUGCAGGAACAGA